AGACAAGCAACUAGCUAAGCGAGAGACACUUUCGAACCAACCACCCUCGAAAUGGACACCGAGGACGUAGGAGCAGAGACCGAUUCAGGAACCAGACCCGGGCCCGACUGGGCGGAAUUGACCCAUGAGUGUCUCGCCAACAUCCUCUCCCGGCUCACCCUGGAGCACCGAUGGCGCGGAACCAUGCUCGUCUGCAAGUCCUGGUUCCAAGCCUUCAAAGACCCUUGUCUCCACUCGUCUUUCGACCUUGAGCCCCACUUCGACUCGGCCGCCGAUUCGGCUCGCUGGUGGGCCCCCGAUUUCGAGAGGAAGAUGGAUUCCAUGCUCCAAUCCAUCGUCGUUUGGAGCGACGGAUCCCUCUCUGAGAUCCGCACCCGUCACUGCUCUGAUCCCUCUCUCUUAUUCGUCGCUGAAAGGUGCCCAAACCUUGAGGUUCUUUCAAUCAAGAGCUGUCCGAACGUUACUGAUAGAUCAAUGGCUAAUAUUGCUUUCCAUUGCACCAAGCUUAGGGAACUGGAUAUCAGCUACUGCUACGAGAUUUCUCAUGCAUCGUUGGUACGGAUUGGAAGCAAUUGCCCAAACCUUAAAGUUCUGAAGAGAAACCUUAUGAAUUGGUUGGAUCCUUCCCAACAUGUGGGAGUUGUCCCUGACGAGUAUCUAAAUGCAUGUCCACAAGAUGGGGACUCGGAAGCUGCCGCCAUUGGAAAAUCUUUGCCUUAUUUGGAGCAUCUUGAAAUUCAGUUCUCCAAGUUGUCUGGUAGGGGCCUUGCUUGGAUCUGUGAAGGGUGUCCAAACCUCAAGUACUUGGAUUUGUCUGGUUGUAUGAACUUGACUGGUCGGGAUAUCGCCAGUGCAUCAUUGGGUCUGAAGGAUGUGGAGAUUAAAAAGCCAAAUUUCUAUAUUCCAAGGUCAGUCUUUCACACAGAGAGGUAUGAUCAUUGGAGAUUGUAUGAUGAGAGGUUUCAAACAGAUGUUUUCCAAAUUUGAUCGGGCAGAAUUGUGAUUUGAUUGGUUUGCAGAAAGCAGCUUCUCCAUGCUGGUCUAUGGAGCUCUUGGCAAAGAUUAUGUAGUCUAAGUUACCAUUUAUGUCUAAUUAACUCAUGUCCGGUUGAUUUCGGUGGUGAUUGUUUUGUUCUGUUUAAUUUGUAAUGGAUUUGUGUAUCAAGGAUCAUACUUUCAUCUACUCCUGUAUGGUGAAUCCAUAUUUACCAAAGAUAUGCCUAUUAAAUUUC